GUUCCAUCGCAGAGAGAUCGCAUCACAUUUAGAUGAAGCUCAUUCUCUGGGCUUGAAUGAUCCGAACAGGAAGUACUUAUUUAAGUUUUAAAAAGUGAAAAGCUUCGUUACAUUUUGAACUCUUGAGUUCUUCUUACAAAAAUAAUGAAGAGGCACUGUUUAUAAUUGACAACAAUCAUGCACUUCAAUAAUAUAUUUUUCUGCGGCAUUCUAUGGACUAUUGCUUUUGCAUUUGUUGUUAAUGGAGAUAUCAGCAAAAAUUCAUCAUUAUGCGGUCGUAUGACAUGCAUCGUUCCUGCAGAAAGAAAAUUUAAGUAUGAUGAAAAUUUGUUUUAUCAGUAUCAAUAUAAAAUCGAUAUCAAUACAAAUUUAGGAGAACAAGAUGGUAAUAGACGAGAUGAGUCAACAUUAUUCAUUGAUACAAUAGUGACUUUAUACUUCACAUCUCCUUGCGAAGGAUAUUUGAAAUUAAAUAACGCGAGUAUUAGUCACGAUAGAAGUCAUUAUCAUCCUGAUUUUCCCGAUCGUGCUGGCGGUGAAUUUAAAUCGAGUUUGGAACGUAAUAUCUUGCGAUUUGCCUUUGAUGAUGGAAUUGUACGCGAAGUUUGUCCAAAUCUCAAUGAAGAAAUAUGGGUACUUAACAUUAAACGCGGUAUAUUGUCAAUGUUUCAAAAUUCAAUGUUAAGAUUUGAUGUCGAUCGUCGUGUUGAUGAGCUCGAUGUUAAUGGAAUAUGCGAGACCCAUUAUCAACUUCAGGAAGCGAAAAAAACAAGUCUUCUCAUUAGAAAGUUAAAAAAUCUCGUUGGUUGUACGCAUAGUGCAAAACAUCUUUCCAUUAUACAAUCGCAAACCUAUCGCAGUCCAUUGUCGCAAUCGAAAAUUUCACGUCAACCUUUACUUAAAUCAUUCAGCGAUUGUGAAAUUACAAUUGAUCAUAAUAUUUAUGAAAAAGUUGUUUGCAAUGAUUCACAUCAAUUUCAACCGCUUUCGAAUGGUGACAAUGCGGGUGUUCGUACAGAUGUAAGUGUAAGUUUACAAUUACUCUCUGAAUCGGCAAAUAUUGAUUUAGAUCAAUUAUCAAACGAUGAUGAUAAUGACGAAAACAAUGAUAGUAAGGAGAAGGCAAUUGAUACACAAUCACAUCAUAUUCAUACAAAGAGAACUAAUUUACUCUAUGAUCAUGGUAAAACGCCGAAAACAAUUAGUGGAGAAUUACGUACAUCGCGUGAUCUUUUAAAAAGUAUGUGUAGGCAUGAAACUUUAGAGGAAGUUCAACAAAGUUUCUCGGAAUUAUUCACAAAAUUUGUACAUUCGGCAAGAAUGUUGGAUUUUUCAUCUUUAUCACAAAUGUUUAGCAGAGCAAACAGUAUUUGUAAAACCAGCAGAGAUCAAAUCAUCAAAGCUUUACCAUUCAUUGGAAGUAAUGCAGCGGUGAAUUUAAUGAAAGAUUUGAUAAUUAAAAAAUAUAUCUCUCAAGACACAUUAAAUACCUGGAUUACUGUAUUCGCCUUGAUACCACAACCAAAUCAGGAAACAAUUGAAACACUCGCUCCUUUACUUGAUUAUCGUGAAGAAAUGCCAAAUGCACAAUUUAUUCUCAGUUAUUCAGCAGUAAUUCACGCAUAUUGUUCAAUGGAGAAUAAUUGUCUCAAUUUGAAUGCAAUUUCAAGUUUUCUUUCAUAUUUGGAAAAUAAAAUUGAAAAGGGAUGCUUUCCACGACAACAAUCAUUAUCUACACUUAAAGAGACUUUGGAAGCUUUAAAAGCUAUAGGAAACAUGGGCGUUGAAACUGAAACAUUAGUGAAAAAAUUACGAGUAUGCAUUGAAGAUUCCAGUGGAUUUUUACCAAUGGAAUUACGUUUGGCUGCUAUUGAUUCACAUCGAAGACUUCAAUCUUGCGAGGCAACAAGAGAUGAUUUUUUUCUCGAAAAUUAUCGUAAUUUAACAAUAGACUCAGAAAUACGAAUUGCUUCCUACUUGCAAGUGAUGCGUUGUCCUGAUUAUCGAGUGAUUAAAACAAUUAGACAAAUUUUAGAAGAUGAAGAAGUAAAUCAAGUUGGAUCAUUCGUUUGGAGUCAUUUACAAAAUUUACUCUCAUCUUCAUCACCAACAAGAAUUGAAAUUCAAAGUCUUUUGACGGAUAAAGAUCUUGGCGUUAAAUUCAACAGUGAUUUAAGAAAAUAUUCACGCAAUUAUGAUAAUUCAUUUUUUUCCGAAGAAUAUAAUUUCGGUGGUAAUUAUCAAGGUAAUUUAAUAUUUUCACCCAAGUCCUAUGUACCACGACAAGCGACAUUUAAUUUUACUCUCGAUUUAUUUGGCGAAUCGGUUAAUGCAUUUCAAAUGGAUAUUAGAAUGGAGGGUAUGGAAUUUUAUAUUGAAAAUCUAUUUGGACCAAGUGGACCAUUCAGUGGUGAAAUAAUGGGAAAUCAUGUGAAACAAUUUUUAAGACAAUUUAGAUCUGCUCCUGAUGAGGAGAAGAAAGAAGACUAUUGGAGACAAGUGAAAAGAUUACCUAAUGUUAUUGAUAAUAAUUUUGAUAAUCCAAAAAUUAGUUUAGGCUAUCGUGUAUUUGGCAAUGAAUUGAAAUUUACAAUGUUGGAGGGCGAUGAAGAUAUACGUAAAACAUUGGCUUCUUUUAAUCCGUUAACUAAAAUAAAACAAAUUUUAUCGGGCAAGGAAAUUCAUUAUGAAAAUACGGCUAUGCUUCUUGAUUCGUCGUAUGUGAUACCAACAACUUCGGGUGUUCCGGUUCGAUUGGAUCUCACAGGAUCGGCGGCUUGUAAUUUUAAAUUAUCAGGAUUACUAAAUAGUAAUCGUUUGAGUAUGGGCGAACUUGAAAUGAUUGGCAGUAUUGCUCCAAGUGUGAGUCUCGAUAUAACUGGAACAAUGACGGCAGAUUCAUUUUACAAAAGUGCAGGAAUUAAAUUAAGAACAAAUGUUUAUUCAACAAGUGCCGUUGAAUCGCAUGUGAAUAUUAAAGGUCCAAGACUUGUUCAUCUUGGUUUAAGUUUACCGAAUCGAAAAAUGGAAAUUUUCACCUUUCAUUCAAAUGUACAGAUUGUCAAAACAAAUGGUGCGGAAGUACAUGAGAAAGAAAUUGGUCGUAUAAUUUCUCAAGAUGAAAAAAAUAAAUUGAAUCAAGAGUCGAAAUCUAUUGAAAAUAUCGUUAGUAAUACUACCUGUAGUUGGCCGUCACUCGAUAGACUCAUUGGAUUAAAACUUUGUACUGAUUAUCAAUUUCCAAAUAUUUCGAGAAAUCCAAAAGCUGCUUAUUUUCUUCUCAAUGGUCCAACAUUGUUAAAAGUAUCUGUAAUUAAAGCAGAUCCAACUGCUAAAAGUUAUAUUCUUGAAUAUCGAAUGGAGCGAAAUGCAAAUGAAAGUUUUGUAAAAUUGGCAUUUGACACACCUGGAUCACAAAUGAAACGAGAACUAAGUGCAACGAUUACAUUUAAUGUUCACAGUAAUAAUGUGACAUUAGCUUUACAAUCAGCCAGCAAUUCUUUUCUAGCUAAAGGUACAUAUAAAAGGACAGACAAUGAAACAUUCAUAAAUGUAGGAUUAGAUAUUAAUGGUACAAAACAUUUGGAUGCUAGUGUAGGAUAUUCUGUGAAGAAAGUGAAUUAUGGCUUCACUUACACGCCAAAAUUAUAUUUAGCCAUAAAUAGUGAAAGAAUAGCUGAACUGUCAGGUAUGAUACGAAAUCAACAGAAAAAUAAUGUCUCACAAUGUGAUAUUUCCCUUUUGUUUCAAACAAAAAAAGUUUGGAGUCAAAUAUCGGGCUAUAUUAUGAAACGAAAUAUCAGUAUAUCGGGAAAUGUGAAAAUUGAUUAUCAAUUGCAAAAAAUGCCUAAAAAAGAAACACUUCAAGUUGAAGUAUCAUUAAUAAAUCGUUCAUCAAAAACAUUGACAUAUAAAGCGGCUAAUGUGAAAUUAUAUUCCACUGCUUAUCCACAAUUAAAUACAAUAAUAUCAUCAUGGUAUCAACAAGCAAUGGGUCAUGUUGAACUUCACGUUGAAGUUAAUUCAAGUCCUCAUUUACAAGACGAUCGACAUAAAUUAAUUGCACAAGUUGUUGUCACAUAUUCAAAAGCCUAUUUUCAAAGUCAAGGAGCAAAAAUCAGUGCUUUCGUUGCACUCACAAAGCCAAUACAAAAUCUCGAUAUUAAAGUGGGUGUAAAUUAUUUUGCCAUUGGCGAUGAAUCAAAAACAACAUUUUUAAUACGAUACGGUCCAGGUAAAGAAAUAAUUUUCACUUUAAACACAAUAAUGCCUCGUGGAAAUAUGUUUGCAAUUGAAGGACAUGCAAAUUUAACAAUACCAAAUUUCAAUUCUAUGCUGAUUAAUGCAAAAAUUAACGAAAGAUCACGUAACGAGUAUGAUCUUGAAUUAUCAGGAACAUGGUUCAGUGGACACAAUAUCACGAUACGUGGAACCUAUUUAGAUAAAUCGACAUUAUCGAUAAAAAAUUAUAAUUUAAAACUUGUUUUAAAAUCACCAAGUUUUUCACGUGAAAUAUUGGUUAAUGGCAAAUUUUACUAUGAUGUGACAAAUCUUCGUUUAGCAUUCUAUGUCGAACAAUCGGAUUUGGAAAAAUAUGCAUUAUUAUUAAAUUACACGGCAUUAUCAUUGGGUCGUCUCGAUACAUAUCUUGAGGGACGUUAUAAAAGUAAUAUUUAUUCGAUUUUAACAAAAAUUGAUAGCGAUCGAGAAAUUCGCAUUGAAAUGCAUUUAGAUCGUUGGAGGGAUGUUCAUUUAAUUGGUACUGCUAUUAAUAAACCAAAUAAUAAGGAACUUGGUUUUGAAGUGAAAUGGGAUGCUAAUCGUGAUCCAGCUCUUAAAUUUGCGACAAGUGUACAAUUAAAUAGAUAUAAUGCAAUUGAUGACGAAAAUGGAAAAAAUGUUAGUGCUUUAGUUACUGUCACAUAUCCUGGACGUUUGGUCACUGCUUAUUGUCUUCUUGCAAUGAAACAUUCGAAUAAUUAUAUUAUUGAUUCACGUAUUAGUUGGAGUAAUGAUAAAAAUAUUGAAUUGACAAUUGAUGCCGAUUAUGUUUGGCUAAAAUCUUUAAAAUUUGAAUCAAAAUUGCUUUCACCUUUUGAAAAUUGGAAGAAAACUUCUUUAAACGCAAAUUAUUUACAAAAUAAUUCGAAACUAUUAUUGAGCGGAAGUGCAUAUUGGCAAGAUUCACAACAUGUUUUAGUAGAUUUACAAGCUGAUUCAACUAAUCGACCGGAAUUUAUUGAAUGGAAUGCAAAUUGUGGAUUGUCGAGUACAGUUCAUUCAAUUAAAUGGGUUUCGGCAAAUUUCACACAUAAACAAUUAUUCGGUCAUGGAACAGACACUUGGAUACGAAUUAAAUAUCAUCCUGAUAAAGUUAUUGAUAUUAAAAGUAUUUGGCAAUUACAAAAAGGAGAGGCUGGUACAUUUAAUUUAACUGGAAAUUUACUUCUUGUUUCGCCGGUGGUUAAUUACAGAAAAGGAGAAAUGAAAUGCCUUUUGAGUUUAAUGCCAAAUUUGAGAUUUUUGGGAGGUGCAAAUAUUGAUUUAGAUAAACGAAAAUACACCGCUCAUAUGACGGGAGAUUUGGCUCAAUUUCGAGAAUCGAUGAUACAAUUUAAUAUUACGACUCCUCACGAGCGAUACGCAUUUGUACGAGGAAGAUUUGGAUUAUCAGAGAAAAAUAGACACAUUGUGGCUGAAAUAAUACGACCAGCUGGACCACUUGGAUUUGAGGGAAUUUGUCAAAUUCUAACGAGUGCCUAUGAUUUUAAUAUAAAAUUAUUAUUAGCGACACCAAUUGAAUCUCUUGAAAAAGCAUUGUUUAUUGCUAAACUCAAUAAACAAGAAGCCGAUUUUCGUGUCUCUUAUAAUAAUAUAACAGCGGGUUUUCAAGGUGUUUGGUAUUAUGAAGAUAUCACGCAUUUUGAUUACACUUAUAUUCUCUAUACACCGGUCCAUGGAUUACAUGAAAUUGGAAUUAUCACCAAAUUAGUUGUGACUCGUAUCGAACCUGAUGGAUAUUUGGAUGUUGACACGGAAUUUUCUUUACGACUUGUCGAAUUAAAAGCUGGUUUUCGUGCCAAGGGUGGACCAAAACCGCCAUUAUUACACAUUCCAUUGAAUACAAGAAUUAGAACUAAUUCACAAAUCGAAACAUCUGGACAAGACGCGGAUAAUGAAGAGGAAAACGAGGAGGAAUUUGAAGAAGAUACUGAAAACUUCUUCUAUUGGAAAGGAGAAAUUGAGUUGAAUAUGGUAAUAAUUGAGCCAAUCACAGGUUCACUAGAUGUUGAUAAGGAAGGCAAUAAAUAUAAGAUUUACAGUGUCUUAAAAAUACCACAAGGUCGAAUAACAGUGGAUGACACUUUCUUUGUGGAACAUGUUUUUAAUAUGAAAAAUGAUUUGAGUAUUGAAACACCAUUUAAAUAUGCUUCAGAAAUUAAUUCAGCUUAUGUUUUCUAUGUUGAAGAUAGUAAUAUUUUAAUGCAAAUUGAUUUAAAUGUUGCCAAUCAGAGUUCAUUGAUUGAGACUGGAUUCUGGAUGAAUUAUACAGUUCAAAAGGGUGCUAUCGACACGUGGAAAAUGCAUUUAUUGCAUCUAACUCUCAAAACUCCUUUACAAUCUAUAAAACAUGUUGAUUCAGUUAUUACUCUGGAAGUUGAUGAAAAUGACACUAAAGCCAAUAUGAUUAUACGAAAUUCCGAAGCUUUUAUGAAUAUUUCUGGUCUUAUGGAGGUAGAAGAAGGUUUUCUCGAUUUAAUUACCAUCGUUUAUGUAAAUACUUCUGUACUUUUUGUUCCUCAAACGAAAAUUUCUCUAAAACGAGAUUUAACCGAUAAGGAAAAAUUAAUAGAAUUAGGCUUCAUUGUCGAUAAUGGAACAGAAAAAAUUACAAAUUUAAAAGCAUCGUGGUGUGUGGAGAAUCAAGAUUUUUUGAAAUCCUCCAUCAUUCUCGACACAUGGAUCGAAGUGAUAAAACAUAUUGAAAUUGAUGUUUUAUACAACAAUACAAUGAAAAUUGAUAAUAAUUUAAAAUUAAAUAUGUCUCUUAAAAUUCCAUCCAAUGAAGAAUAUAAAUUAAUCAGUGAAAUGAAAAAUGAGAAAAUGAUUGCCGAUUUACAUAUUCCUUUUGGAAAACAACAUUUACAAUUUCAAGGCGAUUUGAUUCCUGUUAAUGAUAAUUCAUAUAAACUAGAGGGUGAAUUAAAAAAUCACGAAACAACAUAUAAAGUUACAAGCUCUGUGACACUUGAAAAAGAUCAGUUAUCAAUAAUUGAGACAAUAAUAACAUCCGUGAAUGGUACAAAAUAUUUCAUAAAUUUGAAAAAAGAAAAAUAUGGUAUAAAUCUCAAUAUCAAGAGUGACACAUUAAAUGGAAGUAUCAGUAUGAAUUGUAUCAAUGCAUUAAAUUGGGAUUUACGUUCAAAAAUUGAAACAUUAAACACAAUGAAUAAUUAUGAUAAUUAUCAAUUAAAUACAUUUAUGAAUGUACAAAUAAAUGGUAAUACGACAUUAUACGUUUAUAUGAAUACACCGUGGAAAGAAUUAAAUACUUUGACAAUUGAUGGAAAUUUAUUAUUAUCUAGUAAUAAUGGUGGACAUAUACGUUUAAAUCAACAACGAAAUAGUGAGACAAAUUUUAUUUUAUUAAAUUGGAAAAUGGAUUAUUUGACAGAUAUGUUUAUAAAAAUUAUUGCUAAUCAACAUCAAGAUGAUAUUAAUACAAAGGACGUUGUUGUUCAUUUAUUUUUGAAAAGUUUGAAACAAACUAUUCAAAGUAUUAAUACUGGUUUUGAUAUUAAUAUUGAUCGAGAACUAUGGCGAUUGGCAUCAAAUGCAUCGAUUACCAUUUUUAAUCAGGAAAAUUUUGACUUUGUAUUAAGUACCUCUUUACCGCCGCCAGAAAAAGAUGAUCAUCAAUUUUUAAUUAGUUAUCAUGCGAAUAAAGGAAUUCGUGAUGCGUCGUAUAUUGUUAGUUACAAGACUUUACGAACUAAUGUUAAUUACGCUUCAGAUGGCUCGUUGAAAAUGAUUUCGCGGGAUAUUGAUGGACAUUUACGAUUGACUUGGGGUACAUCAUCUGCACAGACAAUUAAUAAUUUCAUGAAUGCAACGUUUGAUGAAAAAGGAAUGAAUUUGAAAUAUUCUCUCUAUACUCCUAAAUAUUUACAAGAAGAAACGUUUGUUCUUCUUUUUUCCUAUGAUAUUGCACAGGAAACGUAUACUUUGAUAAAUGCCGAUUUAUAUUUACCAGCAAAUCAAAAAAUUGGUUCCACUAAUAUUUCAUACGCAAGUCUUGUCAAUGUUAAUGGCACAAUAAAUGCAACAACUUCUAUACCGAAUUUCGCUUAUGUUGGUUGUGAUUUCAUCGUUUUGACUACACUAAAACAAAGUAAACGGCUUGUGAAGGCAUUUUGGCCAAAUAAUACAGCAUUAUUAGAUUCCGAUUACGUUUAUCAUAGCGAAAGAUUGGAUUCAACUUUAGAUGGUCAUUUACAUUUGCAAGUUCCAUUAAAUACACGACACGAAGGUCAUCUCACUUAUGGUUACAAGAAACGUCCUCAAGUGACUAAUGGACAUUCGAAAUUAUUUUACAAUAAUCAGGAAAUAUUGAAUGGACAAUAUACAUCGAAAAGUGAAUCAAGAGCCGGUUUUGAGAAGGAUGAAAUUAAAAUUACAGUUGAAAAUAUAUUAAAGCCUAUUGGUAUUUUUUAUAUCAAUCAAUAUGAAUAUAGCGGUGGUUAUGAGGGUACAAAUUAUCCAACAACUGAAUUGAAAAAAGUACACAUUUAUCGACUCGACAAUAGUUCAAGUUUCAAUGUUAGCGGUGAAUCGCGAAUACAUACGACACACGAUGGACAGGAAGUUUAUUUAAAAGCAGUUCAUUUUAAUCGUACUGUACAAUUGCGAACCGAUUAUAAAAUAUUACCAGGUGAAUUUGAUCAAAACACUUGGUUAAGUUUAGCCGAUGAUGCAUGGGCAUCGUAUCAUAUCAAUAUUCUCAAUAAAUCUGUUGAAAAUAUUGAAAAUCAAUUUAUUGUAUUUGGAUUAGUUUAUCCAAAUAGAAAUUUCACAAUUAAUGGUACAUAUUUGAUAACGAGUGAUGAAUUACAAUCGGAAGCGCAUCUUAUUUGGAAACAUGAUCAAACAAUGAAGCCGCGUAUUUUAGGCUCAUCGUUCCAAUGGAAAAAUAUCUCGUCAAAUUGGAAUUCAUUGCAACAGCGAGCUAUGUUUAGUUUAAAACAUCCAAGUUUUGAAAAGGAUAUGACAAUGAUUGGUCAAAUUAUUAAUCGUGACGAUAGAGAUUUAUUUAAUGCGGCAUUCAUCGUUGAUUAUUCGCGACAAAAGAGUAAACUUCUUAAUGUAUCGGCAACAAUAAGGGAUGAAAGUGAUUUACCAUUUGAUCGUAAAUAUACCUAUACAAUUUUAGGUAAUCAUGAUGAAAUAAAUUUACAUCUUGAUUUACGUGGAUAUUUACAUCAUCAUUCGCCUAAUAUUCUUGAAACGAAAAAUAAUGUUAUUUAUCAACGUGGUAAUUCAGAAAAAGAAACUGGUGAAUUAUUUGGACGUAUUAAUAUAGAUAAUAAUGAAAUUGAAAUAAAUCGUGAAAAUACUGAUUCACAAUAUUCAAAUAAUAUGAAUGUGAAAUAUCUUUGGGCUCGCUAUCAUGGUGAUUAUCCUGUUUUUACUGUUAAUGGAACUGUUAUUAAUACACCGGAAAUUAAUUGUACCGGUAGUUUAUUUAUGAAUUUUAGUGAAAAACUCACGUGGAUGAUGGUGAAUUACACCCCUGAUGCUGUAGAAAGUUUAAGGAUGUACGGUGAUAUACCUGAUGCGAGAAAUGCUAAAUUUGAUAUUUGGAGAACAUACGAUGACGAUCUUACUGUUUCGGACGUUACUUUUUAUUUAAGAUUAAAUCAUUCCCGCCUUGUUACAUCAACUUUACGUUGGAGACCUGAAUUAAGAGCAGACAUUUCUCGAUUUAUUAAAACAACUUUAAGUGAUAUAUAUGAGCGUAUGAAUAGCGAUGUUGAUUUUUGGAGGCAUACAGUAAGAUCCGAGACUAUUAACGUUAUGUCUCAAGUUUGGGACAAUGCUAAAGAAGACAUGGAUGAAUUCCUUGAUGACUGGAGUGAGUUAAGAAUUAUAGAACAAGAUUUUGAAGCGCUUAAAGUGUAUCUAAAUAAUUCAUACAAUGCAAAUGAUUUUUAUGUAAAGGACAUUGUUGCUUUUGGAUUUUACGUGAUAGAUGAACUUUCAUUGAGAAGUCACAUUCAAUCGCUACCAAAUCUUCUAAAUGAAAUAUGGGAAAUAAUGGGCGAAUCCGGUGAAGCAAUUCGUAAUUCAUUACUUUGGAUUAUUGAAAAUAUAAAAAAUGCUUAUCAAAAAUUAUCAGAAAUUUUGAGCGCAAUUUUAAAGGGUGAUUCAGUAUCACAAAUAGCUCAUAUUGUGGAGAAUCUUAUUGAAAAAUAUGAUUCAUUCAUAAAAGAUCUUCACGUAUCAUUUAUUAAAUAUAUUGAAAAUCUUUGGAAUAAAAUAUCGCAUUCAAUUUCACAACAAUGGUAUAAAUUUCUCCGUUUACUUGAACCAAUGUUUAUACGUUUAAUACAUUAUUUAGAGACACUUGUUUGGAAAGCAAGCAAGGAAGUAUUGGAUUUUCUCUACGAUCGUCGUAAUGAAAUUAUAACAUCACCUUAUUAUGAUCGUUUUACAAAUUUUACACAAGAUAUUGAUAAAUUUUAUCGUGACAUUAAAGCAAAUGAUAUUAUAACAAAUAUUCAAAAAUAUUCAACUCUAGUCAUACAAUUUAUUAAGGAACGUUAUUUUACAUUUGUACCAUUUGGAAAGGAAUUGAAGGAUGUACUUGAUGAAAUUCUCAUGGAAUUGAAGGAAUUGAAAAAAUUACCAUCUGUUAAAUAUACACUCGAUAGAAUAGAACAAGUUUAUGUUAAAAUCAGUGAGAUUUAUGAAUAUUUUCAAGUUAGAAAUAAAAUUGAAGCAACGAUUCGAUUAAUACAUUCGAAAUUAAUGGAUAUUAGUCAAACGGCUUUACAAGCUGAAAGUCGAUAUCGUGAAGCAAAAACUAAAUUUAUAUUUGAUCCUAAUCGUGGUUUGAUGUGUUUCGAGCAAAAACUUCCAAUGUCUUGGCAUGCAUUUAAUCAAACACCAGAAUUUCAAGAGAUACCCGAAUAUAGAUCAAUCACGGAUAUGGGAUCGUAUUUUGCCACAUCAAAUGCUACUUUUUGGACUUUAUAUUAUCAAUAUAAACCAUACACGGAACCUUCUAAUUGGUUCCCGCCAUUCAAAGCUCAGGGAAUGAUUGUUGGUGCACAGAAUUUUGUUACUUUUGACGGUCAUUUUAUUCAGUUUGCUGGUUCCUGUACUUAUUUACUUGCUCGUGAUUUUGUUCGUGAACAAUUUGCUGUUUUAAUUAAAUAUGAUGUUAGCUCGAAUCCGGAAAAUAUUACUCAUCAAAUAUUGGUAUUGUUUGGAAAAAAAUCAAUAGUUGUGGACUUAUUUAAAGACACUGUUAGCAUAGCAGGUACCAAUGAAACACUUCAAUUACCCGUGGAACUUGAUAAUGGUACCGCUUUUGUUUAUCAAGAAGAAAGUAUUGUGAUUAUUGAACGCCAAGAUAAACAAUUUAAGUUGGAAUGUAAUUUAAAAUAUGAUUUUUGUAAACUCGAAUUAUCUGGUUGGUAUUAUGGAAAAACGGCUGGUAUUCUUGGUACAAUGAAUAAUGAACGAAUGGACGAUCAAAUGGCAUCGGAUAAUACAAUUGUGAAUGAUAUUGGAAAAUUUGCUCAAACUUGGUCGGUGGAUGGAGAACAAUGUAAUAGCGACAAGAAUUAUGCAAUUAUUCGUAAUCAAGGACCAAUGGAAUUUUGUCAAGAUCUUUUUGUUAAUAGAAGUUCAGAUUUUGGUUCAUGUUUCAAUGUUGUGGAUCCAAGGCAUUAUUAUGAAAUUUGUUUAAAUAGUGCAAAUGAACAAGAGGCUUGUACAAUUGCAAUGGGAUACAUGCACGCUUGUAUGUUUUACGAUUCAUAUUUGAGAAUACCAGAUAAAUGUACAACAUGUUUUAUGAAUGACAAUAGUCAUGUACCUGAAGGAGAAUUUACAAAACUCGAGGGUACUUCAGUUCUUAAGUCCACCGAUGUUGUAUUUAUCGUUGAAGCCAAAGACUGUAAUGAUGAUAUUAGAAAAAAUCGUAGUUUAGAUUAUCUAAUAACACAAAUAAAUAAAGAGCUCAAUGAUCAACAUUUUAUGGAUAAUCGUUGGUCACUUGUUAUUUUUGGUGGUGAUGGAGUAUUCGAUCAACCAAGAAGUUUGAUUCUUGAUAGUCAAAUAUUUACCAAGAAUCCAUUGCGUUUUGUUGAUUAUUUCAAUAAUAUUCCAAUUGGCAAUGGCAAUCAAGAUAUAUUUGCUGCACUUGGUUUUGCAUCGCAACUUGUUUUUAGACCAGGUGUUUCAAAAACGUUUAUUUUGAUGCCUUGCACACAUUGUGAACCAGAAAAUCAGACGUUGGACUAUUCAGUUUUACAUCAAGUAUUACUAGAGCGUGACAUAACAUUGCAUAUAUUAAUGGAUGGGGAGUUUCAAUUUAAUAAAACUCGAUUAAAUAAAAUGUUUUAUGGCUUGGACGCCACAAAGUCAUAUACGAAAAAGGAUUCGCGAACUUUAAUGGGUGACGUCGAUUUAAGGAGACAAGUGAAAUUACCAAAAAGUGCAUUGGGUUAUUGUACACCAUUGUCCUUAGAGUCAAAUGGUACAAUAUUUAGCGGUAAUAAAUUACGAAUUGGCAAAAUUCCAUCGUUAAAAAAAUUCGUUACCGUUUUUGCGAAAAGAAUUGUCAUCUCAGCGGAACCAAAUCCUUGUCAACAUUGCGAAUGUAUCGCGGAUAAUGAUGGUAUCACAAAAAUGGAGUGUACUGCAUGUGAUUAUCCAACGCCUGUUAAUGUUGAUUACGUAAAUGAGACCUUUGACGAGGAAUUUUUAUCAGUCCUUCAGCCAUCAGACUUGGAUUAUGAUCAAACCGAUUCUGAUGAUGAUUUAUAAGGUAUAGCAAAUCUACGUAAAUUUUUUUUUAUUAUUUAUUUAAGAAAAUUUUUCACUUCUUUUAUACUUAUUAACUGUAAUUUCGUAUAAGUAUUCUUAACGUGACUGUUUAUAACUGUAGGUACUAGUCUAUUGCUCAAUUGAAUAUUAAUAAUAAAAAGAAGAAAAACAAUUUCAAA